AAAGGAUUUGCCCAGCAUCGAAAAUACUUCAGAGCAGCUGCGCCAUAUAUCCUUAUCUUCCGUCUAGCAAGGCUGUUCUUGUUCUGAUAUGUCUGAACAAAUCGCCGACUAUUUGACGCAUUAUCUCAGCUUGUGUGAGGAGAAAGAUGUGUUCGUGGUGCCAUCGCUACGACGGAUGCUGGAGAAGGCAACUGAUGGAGGACCAAUCCCAGACGCAUUCAAGCUAAACGGCAACCAACCAGAUCUCUCCUACACCCGGCUGUCAGAUAGCUACAUCCCCGUCCUCCUCAAACCGCUAGCUCCAUGCGGUGUCGCCCUACGCGAACUCGACCUGGGUUGCAAUGAGAUUGGGGAUGAAGGAGCUAAGAGUAUUGCAAGCUGGUUGAAGGAAGACGUGACGCUGGAAUCGCUGAACCUGCGGUACAACAAUAUCGGUCCGCAAGGUGUCGGGGCGAUCGCGCAGGCGUUACAGAUCAAUGAGGUUUUGCGGAGUUUGGACAUGAGCGGGAAUGGAGCGAGUGAGGAGGGUGGGAUGGAGAUGGCCAACAUGCUGCAGCUAAAUACCAGCCUCGAAGCCCUCAACCUCGCCCGCACCUACCUCACCGCCACCGCCCUCAUCGCCCUCAGCACGGUCCUGCACAACAACACCUCGCUCAUCACCCUCAACAUCAGUAACAACUACUCUGCACGGGGUACUACCUUCUCCUCGUCCGUGGCGGCGGAUGUGAUGCAGCACGUCACGAGGAUGCUGGAGACUGGGAACUUCACGCUGAGGAACGUGGCGUGUGCGAAGAUGAGGAUUUGUGAUGAUGAUGUGGUUAAUGGGUGGAGUACGGCUGUGAAGGCGAAUUUGAGGAUUGCCGAGUUGGAUUUGUCGAGCAAUAACAUCACGCGAGAUGGCGGAGUAGCAUUGUUCCGAGCAAUGCAUAGCCAUCCGGCGCUGGUCGUCGUCAAGCUGAGCUCAUGCUCCAUCAAAGACGAGGGAGCGGAUGCCGUGGCCUCGAUGUUGGAGAACAACUACGCAUUACAAACCCUCUGGAUCGACUACAACGGGAUCACGGGCAAAGGCCUCCUAGCCAUCGCAAAAUCGCUACCCAGGAACCAAUACCUGCGCCGGAUAGCGGUGUGGGGAAACAAGUGGGAUGUGCCUGCCUGCGAGGCAUGGGCAGCACUGAUAGGCGGUCCCCUAGUCGACGUAACCUACGACGACGAUCUGCACGGGCGGAUCGUCGAGCCCGGUGAAACCUUCCCGCAAGAAGGCCGGCGGAUCAUCAACGUGCAAGCGAAAGGAUCAGCACAAGCCGCCGCGGAGAAGCAUGGCAGUAACGGCGCUCUGAAUCAGCAUCAGUCGCCGGUGAAGACAGGGCAGGCUGCGCAGGUCAAGCAGCGUUUUGUGCAGAGAGAUGUUGAUGUUUCGUUUUAUGCGGUUGAGGGGGUGGUGCAUGUUGCGAGGAAUGAGUCGGGGGCGACGUGAAUGUGACAAUAUAGAAGUUCCGGGUAUGGUCCUCAGAUAGACGAAAGUAUUGUACUUAAUGGCGACGUGCAUGAGGCUUUUCGCGCCAAAAUGCGCCGACUC